AUGGAGAAAACCGAGGCGUAUGGUUUGGUGGCAGGUGGUGGUUUUGGCAUCGGAGAAGGGAUCAACUUUGUCACACUGCAGGGGAACAAUAAUGUUCAUAAAGAAACCAAUUGUGACCCGGACGAGUCGUCAGAUCCCACCGAGUUCACUCCGGACCUUGUCGCCGCGACGAGUUUCGGUGCCCAGAGGAAGAAGAGGUUGCCUAGACAGAGGCGAUCUUCCGUCAACGUCCUGGCUUUCCCAUCCUCAAGCUCCCACGUGACACCUCCCAUCCCUACACGUGUGACUGAUCCAAGGAGGCUAAGAUUUCUUUUUGAGAAGGAACUGAAGAACAGUGAUGUAGGCUCCCUCAGGAGAAUGAUUCUCCCAAAGAAAGCAGCUGAGGCUUAUCUCCCUGUUCUGCUGGCCAAAGAAGGGAUGUUUAUCAGUAUGGAUGAUAUGGAUGGCCAGCAUGUGUGGAACUUCAAGUUCAGAUACUGGCCAAAUAACAACAGCCGAAUGUAUGUACUUGAAAAUACCGGGGAAUUUGUUAACACACAUGGCUUACGGCAUGGAGAUUAUAUCGUGGUGUAUCAAGACAAUCAAAACCAGGAUUACGUCAUUGAGGCUAGGAAACUUACAGCUCAAGAUAUAUACACUAAUUAUGAAGCUCAUGCUUCGUAUGCUGAUUAUGCAAGGAAUGCUGUCAAUGACUACUUUCUUAACUAUUCUGAGGUAAAUAAAUCCAGUUACUUUCCAGAAAAUGUCCCCAUAAUGGACGAUGUGAGCAUGCCUUUCAUUUAUGAUACCACCUUCUCAAAUGACUCACCACUUGAUUUUUGGGCGGAACAAUGA